UUUCACAAGAAGCCAAUAACUUCAGUCGAGUGGCAUCCCUCAGAUGAAGGAGUUUUUGCCGCAGCCUCCGAAGAUGAUCAAAUUACUCUUUGGGACAUAACUUUAGAACAGGACACGGAAGUUUUAUCCGAUCAAAAUUUAUUGCACUCUGAAUCAGAAUUUCCUGUCCAAUUACUCUUUGUUCAUCACGGACAGAACGAAAUAAAGGAACUACAUUGGCAUCCUCAAGUGCCAGGUCUGGACUUACACUAG